AUGGUUAUUGCCGCUCCGUCGCAUAAGACCUUCAGAAUAAAGCGCUUCCUCGCCAAGAAGCAGAAGCAGAACAGGCCGAUCCCACAAUGGAUUAGGAUGAAAACCGGCAACAAGAUCAGAUACAACUCCAAGAGGAGACACUGGAGAAGGACCAAGCUGGGCUUGUAAACACGGUUUACUUCAGCUUCCCCCUCUGUCUGUUCCCUGCCGGGACCACCAACUCAUCCAGAGCUGGAGAGAAGCCAUGCUAUCUGGAGCAGCAGUCUCUCUUUUGUACAGAUAUUCUGGUUAUGUCCUUGCUGAACAAUAAAAGAUUUGUCAUCGAA